GCUAUGCUUUCUCAGCUCAGGCGACCCGCAAACAGUUUGUAUCAGACGAAAUGGGAAGAUGAAAAACGCCAGAAUACCGACAAUCAAACCAUCAGUUUUCUCAACACCCCAGAACCACAAACUCCCGGCCACACCAAACCAGACUUUCCCGGCAACACAAGACUCUCUCUCUCACCCAACUGCCACAGCUCUCUCCUCUGCUCUGCAACACUACAUCAACUCAGAUAACCCUUCCCAUGGCCAAAAGAUACAUUCCCAUAUUCUCAAAACUGGGUUCAGGCCUGGUACCAAUAUCUCAAUCAAACUCAUUAUAUUGAACUUGAAAUGUCGCUGUCUGAAAUAUGCACGCCAAGCGUUUGAUGAAUUACCUAAAAAAACUCUCUCUGCUUAUAAUUAUUUGAUUGGUGGGUACCUCAAACAUGGGCAGGUUCAAGAAUCACUUCGUUUGGUUCGUAGGCUGGUUUUGUCUGGUGAGAAGCCUGAUGGGUAUACGUUUUCUAUGAUUUUAAAGGCAUCAACUUGUGGUUGUAAUGUGCCUUUGCCAGUCAGUUUAGGAAGACUGGUACAUGCCCAGAUACUGAAAUCUGAUAUUGAGCCGGAUGAUGUUCUUUAUACGGCACUUGUUGACUCGUAUAUUAAGAAUGGGAAGGUUGGUUAUGCAAGGACUGUGUUUGAUAUGAUGUUGGAAAAGAAUGUGAUAUGCUCAACGUCCAUGAUUUCUGGGUACAUGAAUCAAGGCUCUGUUGAUGAUGCUGAAGAUAUAUUCAGGAAGACAGUGGAAAAAGAUGUCGUAGUAUAUAAUGCAAUGAUUGAAGGUUACAGCAAAUCAAUUAAGUAUGCUAGGAGAUCACUUGAGGUUUAUGUUGACAUGCAACGAUGGAACUUUCGGCCUAGUAUCUCUACAUUUGCUAGUCUGAUUGGGGCUUGCUCUGUGUUGACUACAUUUGAAAUAGGCCAACAAGUCCAAAGUCAACUUAUGAAGACUGAAUAUUUCACUGACAUUAAGCUGGGAAGUGCUCUCUUAGACAUGUACUCUAAAUGCGGACGAAUAGAGGACGCAAGAAGAGUUUUCGACCGCAUGCCUGAAAAGAAUGUAUUUUCAUGGACUUCCAUGAUUGAUGGAUAUGGGAAGAAUGGAUAUCCAGAUGAAGCACUUGAGCUCUUUGGCAAGAUGAAAAUGGAAUACCGCAUUGAACCUAAUUAUGUUACAUUCCUUGGUGCUCUAUCGGCUUGUGGACAUGCUGGGCUUGUUGGGAAAGGCCAGGAGAUCUUUGAUAGUAUGGAGAGAGAUUACUCAAUGAAACCGAAGAUGGAGCAUUAUGCUUGCAUGGUUGAUCUCUUAGGACGUGCAGGGAGUUUAAAGCAAGCAUGGGAGUUUAUAAUAGGGAUGCCCGAGAAGCCCAAUUCUGAUGUUUGGGCAGCCCUGCUUAGUUCUUGUAGGCUGCAUGGUGAUGUGGAGGUUGCAAGCAUAGCUGCCAAUGAACUUUUUAAGUUGAACGCUAAUGAUCGGCCUGGGGCAUAUGUUGCACUAUCCAAUACUUUGGCAGCUGCUGGGAAAUGGGACGGUGUAAGUGAUCUUAGGGAGAUAAUGAAGGCAAAAGGGGUAUCCAAAGAUACUGCCUGCAGUUGGGUUGAGUCUAAUAAUGCUUUAUAAGUUUUCAUGUUGAGCGGAAGAUAAACCUUAACUGACAUUUUUUUUAUGAGGGAGAUAAUCUGUUUCGACUGCUUUGUGCAAUAUAAUUCAGAUUCACAUAAGCCAUCUCUUAGAAGUCAUUCUUUUUCAAGGAUUGUCAAGUCUUGUUAUGUUCCUAUGAUCUUAUUUAGAUCUGAAUUAUAUUGUGCAAUUUUCUUCAAAGCAACUGGCUACACUGAAUGAACAUUCAUUCUUCAUUGUCGACAUGUUUUCCAUGUGUGAUUUUGGAACCUUUGGCUACGAGUGGAGACAAUAAUUGUUCGCAAGAUAAACACAGACAGAUAGCAAGCUUUGGGAUGUUCUCUCUGCAAAGAUUCUAUAGAAGGCCUAAAGGGCUCACUUCAACCAUUUUCUCUGGAGGGCAGAUGGCUAGAUUCAUCCACUUUCUCCAAGGGCAAAUGAAGUAAGUUCUCUUACCACUUCACUCCUGAUGUAUGGCCAAUGUCUUGAGAAUUUUAGGAGAGCAAGAGGCUGAACUCAAAGGCAAAAGCAUUUCAAUACCAAGUUGCUCAUCGUUCACGAGAUGGAGAUAUCUGUUAUGGUGGAACUAUAAUUUGGAAUUUGUGGUAUUACUUUUAAACCACUUCCAGUUUAUACACUUGAGCAUGAUUUGGUGGUCGAUAGUUAAAAUAUCUAGUGACAUGAAGGGGUUUGAGCUUAUUUGAGAUUGUGUUAAGGAGCUUAAAAAAUGCUUUUAGUACAUAAAAAGUUUAUGAAACUUUUGUCUAUCUCAAUGUGAGACCAACUUUCUAGAAUGUUACAUUCUUUUCG